GAUGUCCAUUUCUGUCGGUGCUGAAUUAACUUUAAUCUCAUUGUCAGUUUAAUCUAUAUUUUAUUCUGAUUCUUGGACCAGGGUAAAGAUGGAGAGUAAGAUGAACCGAGAUUGAAAUUAAUUACAUUGGCAGAAAUGGACGUUAAUCGGCAUUUUCCAUCGAGAAUCGUCAGCGUAGCUUCUUUUUACUCUCACUACUAUUAUUGCUGAUAUUAUAAUGAGAAAACCAUGUUCGUAACCGGUUGCGUCCGGUCACGUGACCGCUCGAGCUCUCGACGCGCGUGCAUGCUCGAAAGUGCGCAGCAAUUAGCCCGGCGAUCGGCGCGCCAUCUGGCGACCCGAAUCAACGGGAGGAAACUCGAGGCUGCGAAGAGUCUGCAUUCUACGUUGGACCGAGAGCCCCCGAUCAUCUUCACUGCGUACAUUCUCCAUGCCAGGCGUGUUAUGAUUUUGGGAAGAUGUAAUUCGUCAAUAGCCCGCUGCUUCUCUGAGUUAUCUAAGAAACAGGGGAGUGCGGGAGCGCAGGGGUGUCGUACAAAAGUUUAUCUCACCGAACGUGCCACUACUGUUGCGUGUACGAAGAGAUUGUCCACCUCGUUGCCUAUCCUGACGCCAGCCUGCACGAUGGAUUCGGUAUUCAUCCGAAAUCCACUACGUCAGAAGUCCCAAAAGGCCAGCGAGAAGGCCACCGAACAGCCUGAAGUGAAAAAGAAUCGCUUGAUAUUGGAAAAAUCACCGUAUCUAUUGGAACACGCGACCAAUCCUGUGGACUGGUAUCCCUGGGGUGACAAGGCUCUGAAAAGGGCGAAGGAGGAGAACAAGAUAAUCUUUGUGUCGAUCGGCUACUCCACAUGUCACUGGUGCCACGUGAUGGAGAAGGAGUCGUUUAAGAACGAGGAAAUCGCGAAAAUUAUGAACGAGAAUUUCGUUAAUAUCAAAGUGGACAGAGAAGAGAGGCCCGAUAUUGACGCGAUGUGCAUGAUGUUUGUUCAGAGAUUGAGAGGCCAUGGCGGCUGGCCGCUGAGUGUUUUCCUGACGCCGGAUUUGAUGCCGAUUACGGGCGGGACAUACUUCAGCGCUGCAAUGUUUACGUUGUACUUGGAACGAAUUGCGAAAGAGUGGACGGAGGAGAAAAACAAAAUGGUCAAAUCCGCCACUACUAUAACAGAACGUUUGAAGAAAUUGGCCACGAGCAGACAUGACGUAAAAGAUGAUGGAGUUCCCCCAAUUGAUUGUGCAUUCUUGUGUGCCCAUAUCCUGUUUAACAUAUACGAUAAGGAGUAUGGCGGAUUUGGCAGCGCGUUUGCCACGAAUCCGAACUCGCCGAAAUUUCCUGAACCGUGCAAUUUAAAUUUUCUUCUCAGCAUACAUGCUCUAAGUACUUCUGCCAUGUUGGUUGAGAUGUCUUUAGACGCAUGCCUGAACACCUUAAGGAAAAUGGCUUACGGCGGGAUUCACGAUCACAUAGGGAAAGGAUUUCACCGGUAUUCUGUGGAUACUCAAUGGAGAGUGCCUCAUUUCGAGAAAAUGCUUUACGAUCAAGCUCUGAUAAUACAAUGUUAUGCUGACACGUACAUCGUUACGAAAGACUCCUUCUUUUCCGAUAUCGUAGACGAUAUCGCGACGUACACCCUUCGUGCGUUACGACACAAGGAAGGUGGUUUCUUCUGCGCGGAGGACGCGGACUCGCUACCUAAUCCAGACGCCUCAGCGAAACGAGAAGGCGCAUUUUAUGUUUGGACCUAUGACGAACUUAAGUCUCUUUUAAAAAAGAAAGUACCUGGUAAGGACAAUGUUAGAUAUUUUGACCUUAUCUGCCGACAAUUCUCAGUGCGGAAGGAAGGAAAUGUAGAGAGUUCACAAGAUCCUCAUGGCGAGCUCACAGGCAAAAACGUACUUUGGAUGCAAUCGGGAAUAGAGGAUACCGCUAACCAUUUCAAGCUUAGCGUGGAGGACACACAAAAAUAUAUUCAGGAAGCCUGUGAUAAAUUGUUUCUCACCAGAUCAGAGAGACCGUUGCCUGGCCUGGAUGACAAGAUCAUCACAGCAUGGAACGGCCUUAUAAUAAGUGGCCUUGCGCGUGCUGGAAUUGCUGUAAAGAACCAGAGAUAUGUUGAAGCAGCGACGGAAGCUGCCAAAUUCAUCGAGCAAUAUCUGUUCGAUAAAGAGAAACGUAUACUACUACGCAGUUGUUAUCGUAGGGGAACGGACGAUGCAAUUGUACAGACGAAAGUUCCGAUAUCUGGCUUCCAUGAGGAUUACGCGUUCCUCGUGAAAGGAUUGCUCGACUUGUACGAGGCCACCUUCGACCCGCACUGGCUCGAGUUUGCCGAAGAGCUGCAGAAUAUUCAGGACCGAUUGUUCUGGGACUCGAAGGACGGCGGUUACUUCUCUAUGGCCGAGAAGUCUCCGAUACUUACGAUACGAACGAAAGACUCUGAUGAUGGCGCACAACCGUCCAGUAAUUCACUCGCGUGUUCCAAUAUGCUGCGCCUAGCAACUUACCUGGAUCGCGACGAUCUCCGGAAUAAUGCUGCAAAACUUGUGUGCGCGUUCGGCAACAAACUGGUGAACUGUCCGGCUGCAUGUCCACAAAUGAUGUUAUCGCUAAUCGAGUAUCAUCAGCCGACGCAGAUUUAUGUAACUGGAAAAAUGGAUGCCAAGGAGACGGUUGAGAUGUUGAAUAUAAUUCGCGAGCGUCUGAUGCCUGGUAGAGUGCUCAUAUUUGCGGACUCUGAGCGGUCGGACAACAUACUGUUCCGUAGGAACGAAAUUGUUAAGAGAGUGAAACCGCAGGAAAACCGAACGACGGUCCUCAUAUGCCGCGACCGUUCAUGUUCCCUACCCAUCUCGGACACGAGCCUUCUCAUUGCUGAGUUGGAUAAAAAAGUGUUUACUGAUUUAUAAACGGCUAGUAUGAAGACUAGAAACUGUCUUCAUAUUGGCUAUGAUCCACAUCGCGACACGCGUUUGUCGGAAACGGCGGAACAACGAAAUGGGAAAGAUAUGCCGCCACCAAAAAUUACAUAAUGCAAUACUAGAUAGUGUAAUCUUAAACCAUAGAUUAGUAUAUUCGGUCGCUAGCAUAACAUUUGUCGAGUAAAUCGACGCAAGUAAAUCGGCAAGUGAUAAAAUAGUUGUAUAUUGAUAACAAAUGGAACAAUUGUAGAUAUUCGUAAAGAAAGAAAGAGAAAAAUUCUAGGUCUAUUUUGAGAAGACCAAAUUGAAAGACAAGUCCCAAUCCAACAUGCAUAGAGAUCGUAUAGAUUGUAUUUAUGUAUUUCAAUGUGAAAAUGUGAUUUCAAUGCGUAAAUUCUAUUAGUAUUCUAGUAUUCUAUAUUAAUGUAGCGUGGCUAUAUAAUAAACCAGUUGCAUCACUCAUAA